AAAAUCGACUUUUUAUUUUUUAAGACUACUGUUACAGAAUUCUCAACCGAACCACCACCUUCCGCCUCCUUCGGCCACCACCACCAUGCCAGUCUUCAAGGUCCCAUUUAACGGCUACUCCGUGAAAUUCAGCCCAUUUUACGAAUCCCAACUUGCUGUCGCCACCGCCCAGAACUUCGGCAUCCUCGGAAACGGCCGUCUCCACGUCCUCCAACUCUCCCCAAGUCCAGCAAACCCCGGUCAACCCAUCAUUGAGCUAUCCUCCUUCGACACUGCCGACGGGGUCUACGAUUGCUGCUGGUCAGAGUCCCACGAUUCCCUCAUCGUCGCCGCCGUAGCUGACGGUUCCGUCAAGCUAUACGACCUCUCCUUGCCCCCAACUGCCAAUCCUAUUAGGUCCCUUCAAGAACACACCAGAGAAGUCCACUCGGUGGAUUACAAUGUUGUGAGGAAAGAUUCUUUUCUGUCGAGUUCUUGGGAUGACACGGUUAAGCUUUGGACGGUUGAUCGGCCGUCCAGUGUUAGGACUUUCAAGGAACAUGCUUAUUGUGUUUAUUCUACUGCUUGGAAUCCUAGACAUGCUGAUGUUUUUGCUUCGGCUUCAGGGGAUUGUACUGCUCGCAUUUGGGAUGUCAGGGAACCAGCAUCGACCAUGAUUUUACCCGCACAUGAGUUUGAAAUUCUUUCUUGUGACUGGAAUAAGUAUGACGAUUGUGUCAUUGCUACUGCAUCAGUUGAUAAGUCAAUUAAAGUUUGGGAUGUGAGGAGCUUUAGGGUUCCUGUGGCAGUUCUAAAUGGACAUGGCUAUGCAGUAAGGAAAGUGAAGUUCUCACCGCAUAGAGGAAGUGUGAUUGCUUCUUGUUCAUAUGAUAUGACUGUAUGUUUGUGGGAUUACAUGGUCGAGGAUGCACUUAUAGGGAGGUACGAUCAUCAUACUGAGUUCACAGUUGGGGUAGACAUGAGCGUACAUGUGGAAGGGCUUUUAGCAAGCACUGGAUGGGAUGAGCUUGUUUAUGUUUGGCAACAUGGGAUGGACCCUAGAGCGCCUUGAAAAAGGGAAGUUUCUUUUCUUUAUUUUUUUUAAUUUUUAUUUUGUUCUUACAUGAGACAACUUGCAUUUGCUGAAAAAUGAGAAAAUUGUACAACUUUCCAUUGGGAUCUUUUGUUGUACAUGUUGUGAAGUAAUAAAAUUUUUCUUUGUUGACUGUAUGAUUAGGAAUGCAAUGUAUCACAUGAUACUGACACUUCUGAUGUCUGUUUAAGAAUUGGAUAUCUAUUGUCUUCUUUCACUAGUGGUUCAGAGCAGUUGAGAAACAUACAAAAUGUGAAGAAUUCUUUUUUUUUUUUUUUAUUUCCUUUUGUUUGAGCAUACACUCUUCUUUCCCCUUUCAAUAAUGAGAAACAAAAGUAUUUAUGCGUGCAACUCCAUCUGCCAAUCAACUGUAUACUUUGAGUUACCCGUGUUGUGAGCAUUGGAUAUCAGGCCUUUACUUUGUGCUUCUGUAGAUUGGCCUUCUGACGCAUAUUAUGGAGUCAUGGAAGUUUACUGGUUUUACAAUGCUCAAAUUAAAUCAUUUGGUGGACAUUUUGUUUGGCUGGUUUCAAUAGCACAAUCAUGGAUUCCAAUUGGGGCAUUUUAUGAUUGGUGGAAAAUUGGGCAUGCUGCUGUGUGGUUCAAUGUGGUCUUUUAGAUGACUAGGGUGUAAAAGUUUGACAGGUGAGAUUAUCAUCAAGGCUUUAGUAUCUUGUGGAAAAGAUGAAAAUGGGAUACUCUGCAAAAUUUCCUCUUUCCCCCUUUGUUGAUAAGUGUAAUAUCCUCGAUACAUAAAGCAAACAAGUGCUCUCUUUAGUUCUCUUUUCUGAUUUUCUUGAUGUUUUUUAGCUUCAGUAUUUUUGGUCGUUUGAGCAGAGAUAUGGAUGUUUUGACA